CAAGGCGACUUUUCUGGCGGACCUACGUGUUGUGUCACUGGUCAAUGGAGAAGGAUCUCUUCAUCAAGAGACAUUCGUGUUUCCAUUCUCCCCAGAUUCAGUAGGUCGUUCACCUUCUCCUCCUCACACUGACUACUAAUAGCAUUGAAGGCCUCGAUCCAUAGCUUUAAGCGCUAUUUGGAAGCGAAACAGCUCCAUGAAGCUGACUGGGAGCCGGUCGUAAUGACAACACAGAAAGCACUGGCAAUGACACCACCAGCCUUUCAGAGUAUCGUUAACAAAGGGAGUCCUGUGGUCUUGGUAGGCCAACCAGAGCCUAUCGCCUUCGACCUUUCAGCGCUCUUUGGGCUCAUGGACUUUCGGUCUGAGGUUCGCUGCAUCUGUUCGGAUGAUGUUUCAUCAACCGGAGAUCAGCAGCUUCUAGAGAUGAGAGCGGGGGAUGCUGCUCAGGAGAUGUGUGAUUGGCAGAACUCCAGGCCGUUGAUCAUCGCCCAUGCCUCAACAGCCGCUACCGAGUAUCAGCCGAUAGAGAGGCUUCUCAAUACCCACGAUGCAGCGCUUGUGGAUUUCCGUCUGGAAGAUCGCCCAUUUCGUGUUCAGGAUUGGAGAGGGCCGGUUAUCUCAGCUGAUGUGGACGUACCUCUUGCUCUGGGCUUCGAAUAUCUGUAUGAAGCUCCACAUCGUUUCUCCUCAUUCGUUCUUUCCCCUGGCCAAACAGUCAUCUUCCCCCCUGGCCAAAUAUAUGCCUAUGCCACGUUAUCUCGAAGGGUUGACGAUGAUGGUGAGGUCAGCCCGGGAUCUAUCAUGCAAGCAUCGUACUUCCUUGCUGCUGGGUGCAUGAAGCGCUCGUUCUUUGCAAGCUGGUUGGAUCGUAGCUCUGCUGAUCAAUCAGCAAGCGAGGAUGCUUGGAGUUCCACAGUCACUACGUGCCUGAUGGCCAUGGUGUUGAAGGCAGCACUCUGUCGCCACUGUCAGGACCAAGAACCAGAUGAAUGUUCCAAACUCCUCGACGAGUUCCGUGACCUCAGGAUCGCCAACCAUGCAUACAAGGUUGAUAACCUUGAUGAUACGGUGCAGAAGGACUUCGAUACCAAGGCAUCUUGCUUCCGUCAGAGCAUGAUGGAAGCUGUUGAGAAGAUCCAUCCUUUCCCACCAGACACCCAGGAAUAGCUGGUGAGGGCCAGUAAUGUGGCAAGAUCUUUCCUUUCUCCUUCC